AUGAAUCUCCUUUUCUGCCUCCUUCCCAAGGAAUCAAAGGCGGGUAUUAGAGCGGAGGAUUUUCCGCCCUCGCUCGACCUGUCGAGUUACGAAGUUGUAAUCACAGACGUGGACAAGAAAUGGACGAAGAACUUCAUCGCCACUCUUCACGCCAAUAACCCCCCCGGCAAAGGCCCAUCUGUCGGUCGGUGGUAUGCUUCAAACUUGAGCAUAUUUGCCGCCUUAACCGUGAAUUUCAAGAAUUACAGGGGGGCCUUCCCUAGGUCGGUCAUUGGUGUGGCUCGGGACUACAAUUUCGACGGCAUCGAUUCCGAUUGGGAAUUCCCCACCAGCCCACAAAACAUGUCGAACCUAUCCCACCUCCUGGAGGAGCUGCAGAUCUCCCUAGAGAAGGAGCACAUAGCUUCGGGCAGGCAAAAGCUCCUCCCGAUGGCUGCCGUGUACUUCUCCACGGAAUUCUUCCUAUCCAAAUGA